ACUGCUUGCUUUUUCCGUUUCACUUGGACCAGGGGGAAUUGAUAUCUGAAUUUUCCGAGAACGUUGAAAACCCCUGAAUAUUAAGCAGACCGCAAUACUCGCCACGAUCAGCCGAUAUUACGACACCCGAAGAUUUCUCGCCGAGGAAAUCUUCUGCGGGAACGUCAGAUGAAAAAUUUUCAAUUCACGAGGAAGAGGGAAAAACGAUGAGGUGAAGUUUGCGUUGGAUUACACCGCGGCAACACACACGUGCGCGCGCUCUAAUCGGAUGGAAAGGAUUGCGCGCAUACAGAUCUGCAUGGAUACCGCGCGAUGUAUCCGCGCGCGAUUUCUUUAAGCAGUCUAUCAAAGUCUGCCGCCUGGCUAAGACAUACGCGCGCGCGCGCGCGGAUUUUCGCAAAAUAAGAUAAAGGAAAUCCGAGCGUGCGGUGCGAAGAUCGCGCGAGGGAGAGCGAUUGCGGUUGCAGGCUGCCGACCACCAUGGGCUACACGAAGAAUUAUGUUGGCGGCGAUAAGGACGAGAGACCCGGUAUAUUCAAGCUGUCCGUUCCGGCGCCCGGCGAGCUAGAGAAUAGGGUAUCAGAGGUGAUCAAAGAGGAGGAAGGAGGGAAGAAGAGGGCGCAAUGGGGGAGCGAUCUGGAGUUCCUCAUGUCCUGCGUGGCCUUCUCCGUCGGCCUAGGUAACGUCUGGCGAUUCCCGUAUACUGCUUACCAAAACGGCGGGGGCGCCUUCAUCAUCCCCUACAUAGUUGUGCUCAUCAUCAUCGGCAAGCCUUUCUACUACAUGGAGAUGAUCCUCGGGCAGUUCACCAGCCGGUCCUGCGUGCAAAUCUGGUCCGUGUCGCCCGCGUUCCAAGGUAUCGGCUAUGGCGUCACGGUCUCGGUCUUCUCCGUCAUCACUUAUUACUGCGCCCUGAUGGCCCUGACACUCUUCUACAUGGUGGCCAGCUUCCAGUCGGUGCUGCCGUGGGCCUACUGCUGGCACGAAUGGGAAGGGUGCUUCGACAGCUCGACAGGCAGCGGAGCGUCGGGUAACGGAAGCAUAAGUUCCGCUGAGUUCUACUUCAGAAACUUCGUCCUCAACGAGAGGGGAAUCGAGGAUGGACUCGGAUUGCCCUCGUGGAAGCUGGUGUUGGCGUUGUUGGUCAGCUGGGUCUUCGUCUACGUAGUAAUCUGUAAGGGCGUGAAGAGCACCGGUAAAGCGGCCUAUUUCUUGGCACUCUUCCCUUACGUCGUGAUGAUCAGCUUGCUGAUACGCGCGGUAACGUUGGAAGGAGCCGGGGAAGGCAUCAAAUUCCUCUUCGAACCUCAGUGGCACAAAAUCCUGGACCCGGAGGUGUGGUACGCCGCCGUUACUCAGUCUUUCUUCUCGCUCGGAGUCUGUUUCGGCGCGGUUACCAUGUACUCCUCGUACAACAACUUCGAGCACAACGUGUCCAGGGACUGCCUGAUUGUGACGAGCCUUGAUCUCAUCACCAGCCUGAUAGCGGCCACGACUAUCUUCGGGAUUCUGGGUAACCUUGCGCACACGAGCGGCAAUGACAUUGAGCAGGUCGUGCGUGGCGGAACAGGCUUAGCCUUCGUGUCUUAUCCGGAGGCCUUGGCGAAGUUCGACGUAGUGCCUCAGCUCUUCGCUGUUCUAUUCUUCCUGAUGCUCUUCGUGCUGGGCAUUGGCACCACCGUCGCCUUUUGCAACGUCAUCAUCAGCAUCAUCAAGGAUCAGUUCCCGCACAUCAAGCAAUGGAAGAUCGCGGCCGGCCUCUCUAUUUUCGCCUUCUUAGUCGGCGUCGUCUACUGCACGCCCGGCGGACAAUACAUUCUCAACUUGGUGGAUUAUUUCGGUGGGACUUUCAUCAUCGUGUUUUUAGCUUCGUUCGAAGUAGUCGCCGUCGCUUGGGUGUACGGUGUCGACAAUUUCAUGGACGACGUCGAGUUCAUGGUAGGACACCGGCCGUCCUUGUAUUGGAGAUUUUGCUGGUGUUACCUGACCCCGCUCUCGCUGUUCACCAUUUUGAUUUACUUCCUGAUCAACAUGACGCCGCUCACGUACAACGACGAAUACUACCCGAUAUCCGCAUAUGCCGCGGGUUGGACGCUUCUGGCAUUGGGGGUCAUCCCGUUCCCGUUGGGCAUAAUCGUCGUCGGAAUUCGGAACAGGGACAAGGCGUGCACGAAUAUAUUCAAGCCGAGCGCCGACUGGGGACCGAAGGAUCCUAAGAAGUACAAUGAAUGGCGGGACUUCAAACAAUCGAAAAGGAUAUCACGAGCGUGCGCGAAUAAAUCGAAGGUUAUCGCGGCGUUGUUUGGAAAGUGACGAUGAACGAUGAUUAAAAACAGUAUUAAAAUUAUUACCACUCGUGUACAUAUAUGUCUAUGUGUAUAUGUAUGUGUAUGUGUGUGUGUGUGUGUGUCAUUUAGCGUGGCGUCGAUUGCGUGGAGCAAUCGCAGAACGAAUGAUUAGUCUGGAUCUACGACAAGUAUAAUAAGCCGUUAGCCUUUUGUUCUACAAUGAAAGAAAAAUAUUGGAAAAAUAAAAAUGUUUCUUUUCGGUAGGUACUAAUAACGUUGUCCCAUGUGACGUUAGAUAUUUCCUAUAUAUACGUAUAUGCUCCAUGAUGUGCAAAUGAUAUCCUGUAUAUACACUGUAUAUACACUGCAUACACAUUU